GUGUGUGGUGGGGGGGUGGCUGCAGAACUGCCAGAAUUGCAGUCCUCUCCCUGCAGCUCCUCUGCAUGUUUGAGGGGCGUGUUCUGCUGUUAUAAAACAAACUCACAGUCCUGCAACUCCAGCAGCAGCUCCGCCAGGCAGUCUGCUUUGACAGUCAGGGGACAUCCAUCACCAUCAUCUCUCCCUUUCUCUCUCUCUCUCUCUCUCUGUCCCUCCCUCAGACACCCACACACACACUCUCUCUCUCUCUCUCUCUCUCUCUCUCUCUCUCUCCUUCGCUCUGUCCGUCUGCCCUUCUUCUUCUUCUUCUCCUCCUUCUCUCUCCACACGCACAGCAUCUCUGUUUCUCGACUCUCCCGGCAUCAUGUCCGCUAACGGCGCAGACGGGGACCUCCUGCGGAUCCCUCUGGGGCUCAUCAACAGCGCGGGGAAGUAUCUGACCGCGGAGACUUUCGGCUUCAAAGUCAACGCCUCCGCCAGCAGCCUGAAGAAGAAGCAGACGUGGACCCUGGAGCAGACCGGGGAGGACGGCAGCGCGGUCUUCCUGCUCUCCCACCUGGGCCGCUACCUCGCCACGGACAAAGACGGGAACGUUACCGCGGACAGCGAGACGCGCGGCACCGACUGCCGCUUUGUCAUCACCGCGCACGAGGACGGGCGGUGGUCCCUGCAGUCCGAGCCCCACGGCCGGUUCCUGGGCGGUAGCGAGGACCGGAUCACGUGUUUCGCGCAGACCGCUUCACCUGCGGAGAAGUGGAGCGUGCACCUGGCCGUGCACCCGCAGGUUAAUCUGUACAGUUUGGCGCGCAAACGCUACGCCCACCUGAGCGCGCAGGGGCAGGAGGUGUCGAUAAACCGGGAUGUCCCAUGGGGGGUCGACUCGCUCGUCACCUUGGUCUACAGGGACGAGCGGUACCACCUCGAGACCUGUGACAACCGCUUCCUGCGCAACGACGGCAGCCUGUCCACGAAAACGGACAAGGACACCGGAUACAUGCUGGAGUUCCGCUCCGGGAAAGUGGCGUUCCGCGACUGUAACGGCCGCUACCUGGCGCCCGCGGGUCCCACCGGCACCAUGAAGUCCGGGAGGAGCGCGAAGGUGGGGAAGGAUGAACUGUUCGGCCUGGAGCGCAGCCACGCGCAGGUCGUGCUGACUGCAGGCAACGAGAGGAACGUCUCCACGCGGCAAGGUGAGGCCCUCGAGUGGAAAACCCCACAUCAGCAUGAAAUCACUGCAGAUGUUGGCGCAGGAAAGCUUCAGCUGUUGCAUGAUGUUGAUGUGUGUGAGUCUGAGCAGGACAGAAUCGGAGACCUGAUUCUCUGCCCACCAUGUGUUUCUCAUUACCACGCUCUCACUUUCCUCCCCCCUCCUCCUCCCCUCUCUGCCUCCUCCCUUUGGCCACUCUCAACAUUUUUCUGCAGUAAUUCUACCCCUGCAUUGUGGCUGCUGGUUCAGGGUCAGGUCCAGUUUACAGUUAUCAGUCCCCUCAUCUCAGAAAAGAAGAAGAAAAGAGAGGAUGAGGAGGGAGGUGUGACUCAGACUCAGAGUCCUGCUGAAGGUGGAUCUCUCCUCUUUGUCUCGGUGCCACACAGUCUCACUCUGUGGGACUGAUCAUUUAUCCAGGCAGUCGAUAAGCUUUCAAUGCUAGGGCUGGGCGAUAAACAUCACCAUAUAAAGAAUGAAGUUUAAUAGUAGUCAUUGGCAGCAUGUCUGCUUCUGUGAGGUCUCUGUGUCUCUGAUAGUGAUGGGCACGGCAGUUCUUUUAGAUGUACUGAAUCACUAGAAUCAGUUCACUAAAAAGAUUCGUUCACCAAAUCACUGAAUCAUUUAGCUCUUGGUGGGAGAAGCCUGCGACUCCGACCUCCUGAACUGAUACGCAGUUCAUUUCAGAGCUUCUGGGACCAGGAGACCAGAGUGUUUGUGUUUCUUUAACAAACAGGUUUGUAAAAAUUAACUUGUUUAUAAGUCGUGAUGUUUUAAGUGUCCUAUGGUCUGAUAUUUAUCAGGUCUGCCCGGUGAAUGAUUCACACUGAACAUACACCGUUACCUCGCAAACCGCUGCAAUAACAGGAUGCUGUGGGUUUUACUUGAUCCAUACUGUGUCCUAUUGUAUGAAAGUUGUUGUGGUGGAAAUUUAGCCAUGAAAAAAAAGGUACUUUUGUCCGACAAAAAUGAUUCCAGAGUGUGUAGUUCAAUGCGUGAUUCGUUCACCAAGUGAUUCAGGCGUCGGUACGUGUGGUCCCUCGUUCACCAGCUGCUGGCCUGGAAAGGCUGUUUCUCACUUCAGCUCAACUGGUGAGAAACAAACGAAUCACUCAAAGAAGUGAUUUGGUUCAGUACGUUCACUUAAAAGAUUUGGUUCUUUUGAAUGAAUCGUUCACGAACGAUACAACACUACUCUUUGGCGUUUUGUCGUAAGGCAUUGCUCUAGAGAAAGCAGACGGAAUGGUCGCCUGUUUCGGCUGAACAGGCGCCAUGGACUCCUUGCUCCACUUGGUGUUUGUAACCUUUUGCGUUGCGAGUUCUCUGCGGCGUGGCGCUGCUUCAGGUGGUAAAAAAGAUUCCCCGACUUUGUGAGAAUAUGUACUCCACAUAAUUUACAGUCCACGUUACUCUGCUUCAUGUCCGACCUCAAAAAAAACAAAAUACCUCCACACCACCGACGUUUUCGUGCCAGUGUUGCCGACGAUGUCGUCAUCUGUUGAGCCGCCAUCGUCAUUUCUGUCGGGGGUAGCACUUGGUUCUAAUUCAGUACAUGAUUGGUUCAGCGCAAAGUUGACCUGGAGCAACUCCCCUUUUCAUUGGCUACUCGUACAGUCUACCAAAACAUGGCAGAAUGCCGACAAUCGAAAAGGAUAUUGACCAUGUUUCAUUUCGAUAUCGAGGAAAAUUAAUUUUCGAUAUAUAUCGUUAUUAUUUUAUCGCCCAGCCCUAUUCAACGCUAGAGGGAAAGGUGUGUGUCUGUGUGUAUAUCUGUGUGUGUGUGUGCAUACCAUGAAAGAUGGAUUGUCUGAGAGGAGAGGUCGUUUGUUUGAAUGAGGUCAGCGUUGGGCAGCGACCCUUGACCCGGCAGUUAUUGCUGCUGAUAAAAGAUGAGGAGACAGAGCCGGACAGGCGUUCAGACCUAAAUUUAAAGGGUCGACCAUUUUCCUCUGCUGUGUCUGUACUCAAUAACUCCUACUGUGCUCGAAGACUGAGUGUGGGUGUGCACAGGCUGUGAGUGAGACAGCAGCAGCAGCAGCAGCAGCGGUAAAAAUUAGGUUUUUGUGUCAGCCUCCUAAUGAGGAGGAAGAGCGUUUUCUCAGAACUCUGUUCUAGCAGAGACAUUCAGCUGCUUAAUGAGGUCAAGAUAGUGACUUUACGAGUCUUUGUCUCCCAAAAACUCCAAAUGUCAGCCGCUUUGAUUCAUAUUAGGUCAGGUGACCACGUGUAAAGUAAAAGGUGUGGCAUCUACGACUUCCAAUGGUAACCGAUUCAACUCUCUGACUCACUUUGGCAUUUUUCAGUUCUAGUUUUUAUGACCCACAGCUUUUACUCCUUUGGUUCAGUUACACCAUUUUAGUCAGUAUUAUCUUACCCAGGCCUACACAUGUUCAUCUGAAGUGCAUCGAAAACUCCCUUCUGUUAUAUUUUGCCCUGAAAUCUGCCUCAAAGUGGGUUUUUGGAAAGGUAUGACGGCUAACAGGAUACUUGUUUAUCAGGAGUUUGAAUACGGCUUAUCUGGAUGUUUUCUCAAUAAGUAAAUCAGUCUCUCCGUCAUUUCCACAGAUGUUUUUUUUAUCAGGUUUCUAUCCAUCUGUGAGUCAGUGUGUUUCAUUGUGUUGGACAUCUAUAUAUAUAUAUAGAUUUACAGACGCCAACUAUAAGUGGAAAUGAACUGUUACUGACACCAAAACUCAACUGCGAAUGUAGUGGGGCAUUAACAGUAGUAGCUAGAGGUGGUGGAGACCAAAAUAGAGCAAAAAGUUUCGUAAAUACUAAACUUUGAUACGCAAGAUGACCUGAAACAUGAUACUUCCUGUUUCAGUUGGUUUGUUUACAUGCACAGUUAAGUCAGAGCUGGAUUAGAGGAUUUAACUGGAUUUAUGUCCGAAUUACUGACAUGAGCAUGUCCGCCUCCACAACAGUAGGUGGCGACAUGCCCACUUUCAGCUUGUUACUAUUGGGUGGUCUCCCAGUUGGCUUUUUAUUAAUCAAAACUAUCGACAGAACUCGUUAGCAAGAGGCUAACAGGAUGCUUUUACAGCUCUGACCUGUUCGACUGUGUGAUAGUAGGGUGAGUGACCAUAUUCUAAAUCUCCAAAAAGAGGACAGUACUAGGCGGGGCGGAGUUGUGCGCAAAAUUUUGAGGGUUUUUUAGUUGGGGAUUUCACACGGUUCUAACAAAGUAAGUCCAUGCAACACAAACUCAAAACCCCGGACAUUUGAAGUAUUUUAUAAACUCCCCCGGACAAGGCCAGACAGCCGCCCAAAAGAGGACAUGUCCGGGUAAAAGAGGACGUAUGGUCACCCUAAUGAAAGGAGAGUUUCGUCUUUUUUACGUUCUCUGUCAAAGUUUUGUUUACCUCCCGGUUUUUGGCCUCAUUUUUGGGGCGCUGUCAUGCCCAUCUUUGUUUGAAUGGUGUUAGUAGUGACACUAAAUGCAUAAAUGAAGUAAAAGUUAAGAGAUAUGGACACAAGAAGUUUGUUCAUCAUCAGACGACAGCUGAUGAUUAAAUUCUCUGAGGUGUUAGAAUAAAACGUUGAGUGACCCACAUCCAAAGUCCUUCUUUCUUGGAGUGAAUGUGACGGAGCAGACGUCAACACUGGAGACGCAGUAAUCCUAAUUUGACCACAGUCUCCAUCAUCAGCCCCCUCCUCCUCCUCCUCCUCAGUAUUUUGCUCCUUUCAGGACUUGGACUUCAUGGGUGUAAUAAUUUAACAAACUGGUUUGGCACCACCACUGAGACAUAUCUGGGGAGCUUGCAAAAUUAGAGGGUACAGCAGCCGCGGCCAAGGACAAAAACCCCCAGAGACGAAUGAAAACUGACAGCAGACUGCCCCACUUUUCCAGGCAUGGACCUGUCAGCCAAUCAGGACGAAGAAGGAGACCAGGAGGUCUUCCAGUUGGAGAUGAGCCGUGAGGACAGGAAGUGUGCCUUCAGGACCGCUGCCGGGAAAUACUGGACUCUGACAGCGGGCGGAGGACUGCAGUGCACGGCCUCCACCAAGUAACCACACACUCGCACAAACACUAUCACGCACUGAAAUCCGGCACACUCUUUCUUCACAGCCGGCUCAUCCAGGUGUGGUUGUGUGUCGCAGGUCGGGCAACAGUUUCUUUGAGCUGGAGUGGCGUGAUGGUCGCGUGUGUGUGCGUGCAGCUAACGGCAAAUACGUGGUCGCUAAGAAGAACGGACAGCUAGCGGCGACUGUUGACAACUCAGGUUAGUGGUGUGUCUGAAGUUAACAGAUAAAUACUAGAAAAAAGUUCCUCACAGGAGCUUUAAGAGUUAAUUUAGGCAGCAACUUUGGACCCUAACAUCACUCUCUAGGGUCAGAGAAGGUCAAAGUUUGGACUAACUCUGUCGUCUCUGCAGGGGAGGCUGAACAGUUCCUGAUGAAGCUGAUCAACCGUCCUCUCAUCGUCCUUCGCGGGGAGCACGGUUUCAUCGGGGCUCGUAAAGCGGGGAUAGCCACCCUGGACUCGAACCGAGCUUCAUACGACGUGUUCCAGCUGGAGUUCCACAAUGGAGCUUACUCUCUCAAAGGUGGGCACCGGCUCUACUUUGACUCUGCGGAUUUAUCCUGGUGUUUUUCAAGCAUGUUUUCAUUUCUUAUAAGUCACAAAGUUUUCAGGACAGAGUGCAGUUUUCUAAAACAGGCAGUUCUGGUUCAAUCAAAGUGAUACGUGUAUUUGGAGUAAGGAUGGCCAGUGUUCAAAUCUGUGAAUUUACUCUUAGCUUGACUUUUGUAGCCUGCCUGGACUAAAACUGCUCGAAGUUUAGCAUGCAAUGAAGUUAAUGCAAAUCUGUGAACAAGACCAAACCAAACCCUGACCCUAGUGCUUUAAACUCUUAGUUACAGCGGGUUCAACAUGUGCUGUAAUCUGGUAAUAAAGGUGUCAGUUCCUCUCUACCUCCCUCACAAUGCCGUCCUGUCUGAACUGUGGAUGUUAAGAAUAGUGUUUAACAGGCUUGAUUUAGCAUCAGAAGGUCAGUUCUGUGGAAACAGUCCUGCUCUUUGGAUUUUUGCCUCUUAUCUUUAUGACACCUGAAAUAUUUGAAUAAACUUUAUAAAUAGAAACUGUUUUUUCCUAUAACCCCUGACCACCACUAUCACCACAUAGGGCUGCACGAUUGAUCAAUUUUAAAUCAUAAUCAGAUUAUUUAAUUAUGACGAGUAAACCACUCCCCGCUGUAAAGUCUGUCUGAAGGCGGUAUCAACCCGUCACCACGGAAACUAAUUCAGGAGGAAACGCUAAAGUUUUUUGUCGUAUCAGCGUUUCAGGUGACUGUAAACGGUACUUUUUGAAAACGGGUCAGAGAGUGAAUAAAUCUGUAAACGACGACCAUUUCAUCUCCGUGUGGAUGUCUAUCUGCAUCUCUGGAAACGAUCAUGUGACACACAGAGGAACUCUUUUAUGGCGCCAAAACAACCUUUAUACACGUGCUCUGUACUCUUCAUACUCUGUACUUCUUCUGUCUUUGGUGCAUUUCCUGUGCAGCGUUGCCGGGAUUUCCACCGCAUCCGGAACGGCAGCGAUUUUUCGUCGUACGCCAAUUCCUACUGAAGCCGGAUGUUUUAUUUUGUGUCUGUGCCCGACUUCCUUUCCAGCACGAGUUAAUCUGUGCCAAAUUUAUCCGGCAUGCUCCGGCGUCCGUAAAAAAUAGAACUCCUAUGAUCAGCUGAGGAGUCCGGUGAUCUGCAGAGGAACGGAAAGAAGUCGGUGGAAAUUGACACGUUAACUUGAUCAGCUACGAUCGACAGAUACGGCCUUUUCGUAGACGUUCUGUAUGCGGUGGAAAUUACCGGUUACAGCACGACUUACUGGCUUGGCAUAUUCACUACAUCGUUUUCAGAGGUUUAAUUUUGAGAGAUUAAAAAAAACUUUUUAUUUUUAAAGUGAAGUUUGGUGAAUUUGUCUCUGAAUAAAAAAUCUAAAUCAAGUUUUUAGAGAAAAAAAUCAGGAUUUUUAUUUUGGUCAAAAUCAUGCAGCCCUACCACUACAGUAAGAGUGGAAUAAUGCGUCAAUUCCAAUAGUUAUCCAUCACUUUGUCUAAGGAAACAUACCAGCAUGUGUGUGUGUGUAACUACCAGUGUGUGUGUGUGUGUGUUGUGUGUUCAGACUCCCAGGGGAAGUACUGGUGUGUUGGAGAUGACACGGCCGUGGUGUGCAGCAGCUCCACGCCCGUCCAGUUCCUGUUUGAGUUCUGUGACCUCAACAAGAUGGCUAUUUGCGCUCUGGGGGGGAAGUACCUCAAAGGAGACCACGCCGGAGGGCUCAAGGCCAGCGCCUCCUCGCUGGACAGCGCCACUCUCUGGGAAUACUGAGGAAGCACAGCCGGACCUCCCUAUACUGUCCGAAACGAUACUUCAAACACUAGAUAGAAACUGUAGGUAGCUGUUUUUAUUUGCAUACGUAUGUGUGAGUGUGUGUAACUGUGGACUUGUCUGGAUGGAUGUGUGGUGACGUUGAAAAGCUGAUUAACUGGAAGUCGUGGCACCAAAGCACUACUUUUAUUAUUCCAUAUAACUCUUUUCUCAGUCGCUCUCUCGGAAACUGAUCACAGCGCGGCUUCACGUUUGUUCCACCUGAGAACCAUCAGGACCGUUAUUCUUAUUAGUUGUGCCUCUUUCUAUUAACUUCUGGUGUAAACAAAUAUGUAGAAUGCUCUGACUCAUAACCUACAAUAUCUUAUCUUCUUCUAAAGGCUGACUCUGUUGUGCUGCUUUCAAACUAUGACAUGUUUAACACACAGGAUAUCAGGAUGUCAUUGAUUCAUGUAUUCCUGCUGUAAAUAUUGCUUCUGUAUGUCACUAAAUGCUUCAAAACACCUUGUUACCACGGAAACGGGAUGAGGAAUGGACUGUGGCUCUCUUCACACACCAAGCACAAGUGAAAUCAUUCGCGCGAAUGAAUUACAUGUUAAGUCAAUGCAAAGACGCGAACGACGCGAAUUGGGCGGAAGCUGAAUAUGUCUCAAUUUGAGUGGAUAUUGGUGACAUAUGAAAACGGACAGUUGUUCACUGGUAUCUAAAAUGUAGGACAAACUGAUCAUGUCGGUGUGUUGGUGCCCCAAAUUGUAUGAUACCUUUUCUUUCAAUUACCGAAACCAGAAUCGAAAGAAGAUCACCUGGAGGCAAGUGAGUGAGAAGGUCGGAUAUUCUGGUAAAUUGUAAAAAAGCUUUGUCCAGUUGGAUUGGCAGGGGUGACCGUUGAAAUUACCAUUGACGCACGAAUGAAGUAAAUAAAUACUUUUCAUUCAAGCGUCUAGAUUCGCGCGAAUUAAGCGAGUAGAUGAUUUUACUCGCGCUUGUCGUGAACACCCCAUUACACACAUGGCCUAACUAUACCUGUUUUUUUCCUGCUCUGAGAUGCACAAGCAGACAAAUCUGUGUAAAGGUUUCCAUAAAAGGCUUUAAUUCACUCUGUUUUUUAAGUUAUACUGAAGAAAAUAUAAAUGCAAAAAAGUGGGAGGAGCUUGUUUAGGUGAAAUGAUCGUCCUCUUUUAAAAAAUGGGAGGGGCCAAGUUACUAUACAUCAUAAAAUGCACAAAAUAUAAACAAAUAUGCAUCUGUAUAUAUACAGUAGAUAUGAAUUCAAACUGUGAGUCAGAAUCUGCACAAAGUCCAACCACAAGAAUUGAGAAGCACAUCUUUGUCGUGAUGAAAUGUCUGCCUUAGUUCGGGUGCUGCUAGCUGAAAGAGUCAGUCAUUUCUCUGGCUGUUACUGUGUUCGUGCCUUCAUAAAGUGUUCCUGUCUUUUCCUUUUCAUGAGCCCAGUUAACCCCCCAAUAAAGUUUUACCUCUUAACAGUGAAAAUUCUCAUGAUUGUUUUUACUGCUGAGUUUGGUUGUCGGGGUCGAGCUGCACUGAUUUUCUACAAGUCUAUUUUCUUCUAUAGAUAAGGUUUGUAGACUGUAAGGAGGUUGUAACGGUGAACAGGAGCCCUCCACUUUGGAUCAGGGUCCUGCUUAGCCUUGGUAACGGUCUGUUCUUUGUACCAACAGUCUGUUGUCAAGGAAUAGCAGACCGUUGCUAGGGAAUUUUAUGACAAGGCAUGAGUUCUUCCAGAAAGGUUGGCAUCCUCUGUAAAAUGUUGAUUGAAAUACAUUUAAUUGUAAAAGGAAGACAUAUUAAAGAAGAGGUGUUAGCUUAUUUAUUUGGAUUUUUAUUUUUAUUUUUUAUCAUUUUUAUUGAAUUAAUAAAGUUCUAAUUCGUA